CCAGCCUUGCAAGGCGAGGACCUGACGUCAUCCCGUGACGUCAGGUAAAGUGUGUUGUUGUUUUGUGUUGGUUGCCAAACCCAGAAAGCAGAUUAGCCUGAUCCGGCUUGACGGGGCCGUUUCCCGGAUAAGGCAUGCCACGUUUGAAGUCAGGCCGGACAUAGUGAAGCGACAGAAGUCAGGCCGUGUCCAGUAAUCUUCACCUCAUCAUGACACUACGUGGAAUAGGACCUAGCACUUUUAAACGUGCCCGAUCGUCAUCCAUAUGGCAAUUGCCUUUUAGUAUUUCUACUGGGUUCCAUGAGCCUUUACGAGUAACAAGGGCAUAUUCUUCUCACCACAAGGAACACACUCAAGAUGGAUACGACUCAAACAAAGCUGCUCUCGCUGCUGGGGUCGGAGCAGCAUUUGUUGCUGGUUCUCUGUUUUACAGUUUUUACACAGAUAAAAAUCAACACGUUUUGCAGGCUAAAUCAGACCCCUCUAAAAAGUCACCAGUUGAAACAAGACCAGAUCUGCCAGUGUAUACCCUUGAUGAGGUGAUGCAACACACCUCAAAAGAAAAGAGAAUAUGGGUGACUUAUGGUCAGGGAGUGUAUGACAUUACAGAGUUUGUGCCGCAACAUCCAGGAGGAUCGGAAAAGAUCUCGAUGGCUGCUGGAACAUCUAUAGAACCAUUUUGGAUGCUGUAUGGUGUCCAUAAGAGUCCUAAUGUUCUGGCCAUCUUAGAGAAAUACAGAAUUGGGAACUUAUCUGCUGAGGAAGCUUCUGAGGCAACUGCUAACAUGGAAGACCCAUAUGCCAAGGACCCCCGCCGACAUCCUGCUCUAAAACCAUCUUCUACAAAGCCAUUUAAUGCUGAGCCACCUCCAUCUAUUCUUGCAGAUAGCUUCAUCACUCCUGUGGAUCUAUUUUAUGUCCGCAAUCACUUACCAGUACCUGACAUAACUGAGAAAGAUUAUAAUUUAGAGAUAAAUUUCAAAGGCAAGGACUAUACCUUCUCAUUGAAUGAUCUAAAAAAGAAAUUUGAGAAAGUCACUAUUACAGCUGCAGUAAUGUGUGCUGGUAACAGACGAGGAGAAAUGACUCAGAUCAAACCUGUCAAAGGUUUAAACUGGGGGCAUGCAGUCAUAGGAAAUGCUACAUGGUCAGGCCCAAGACUCAGUGAUGUUUUGAAGUACAUUGGUGUGAAGGAAGAAGACCCUGCCAUUCAACACAUUCAAUUUGAAGGACUCGAUACAGAUGUUGCCAAUGUCCCAUAUGGGGCCUCAAUUCCAUUUGAGAAAGCAAUUGACCCGAAAGGUGAUGUGAUCUUAGCAUAUGAAAUGAACGGUGAACCUUUACCUCGUGAUCAUGGUUACCCUGUUCGUGCUGUUGUACCUGGUGUUGUAGGGGCUCGAAAUGUCAAGUGGCUUGGUCGAAUUGUAGUGUCUGACGUGGAGAGUGAUUCUCACUGGCAGCAAAAUGACUAUAAAGGGUUCAACCCAAGUGUUGACUGGGACACUGUUGACUUUAAGAAAAGUCCAGCUAUACAAGAGCUACCCGUGAUAUCAGCCAUUUGUUCACCUGACAGUGGAUCUGUCAUCAAACUGAAUCCUAAUAAUUCUAUAAGUCUGAAAGGAUACGCCUGGUCAGGCGGAGGCCGCAAGAUUGUAAGAGUGGACGUGACAGCAGAUUCAGGAAAAACUUGGUAUUCAGCUGAUAUUACUGAUCAAGACACAAGAAAAGAACCUCGUCAUUGGGGUUGGUCCUUGUGGUCCAUUGAUGUUCCUGUGCCCAAAGGAACAAGUGAGGUUGAACUGUGGGCCAAGGCUGUGGAUUCUUCAUAUAAUACUCAACCGGAGACUUUUGCCAAUAUUUGGAAUUUACGCGGAGUACUCAGCAAUGCAUAUCACCGAGUCAAAGUGAAAGUUGCUGCAUAAAUACAUUCAGGCAUCCAGGCAACUAUCAGCCUGAAGGUUUUUAAGUUUAAUCAAGUUGUACUUUUUACAUAAGUUUUGUUUUUGAAUAUUUUCCUUUUAUAUAUGUUAGAGAAUAAAAUCACUUGCCUUUUAAGUGCU